AUGGUUGGCUUGUUUGAAGAUUGCAACCUCUGUGCUUUGCACGCAAAGAGAGUUACAAUUUUUACCUCUGACUUGAGGCUAGCACUACAGAUCCGCGGUGAUUGGGCCAAGUGGACAUCCAAGCUCAAGAAGGUACUAAACGCUGCAAGCAGUAGGAAUGCUAGGGUUGCAGCUGAGAAAGCUGCAAAUGCUGCAAGGAAAGCAGGCAUGAAAGCUGCCGCUGCUAGAGCCACGGAGAAAGCCCGCAGCAGGGCCAGGGCCACAGAGGAAGAGGAACAUGCUGCUAGGGCCAGGGCCCAAGAGGAAGAGGAAGCCCAGGAGGAAGAGGAACAGGCCAAGGCAGCAGAGGCUGAAAAAAAGAGAGCUGAGGAGGAGGAAAUGGAACUUGAAAGGAAAAGUGCCGCCCGUAUGGAAAGGCUGGAGGCUUUGGAAAGGUCUAAAGCAAAGAAAGUUUAA